CUCGCAGCUUUAAAUAGAGGCGUUUCUGACCCUAAUUUUUCAUUCUUGUUCCUUUGUAUUUCCUUUUGAAGACUUUCUCAAAUCUCUCUCAAUCUCUCAAGAUGCAGAUCUUCGUGAAAACCCUCACUGGCAAGACCAUCACCCUCGAGGUCGAAAGCUCUGACACCAUCGACAAUGUCAAAGCCAAGAUCCAAGACAAGGAGGGCAUCCCACCGGAUCAGCAGAGGCUGAUCUUCGCCGGCAAACAGCUUGAAGACGGGCGAACCCUUGCAGACUAUAACAUUCAGAAAGAGUCCACCCUCCACUUGGUGCUCCGUCUCAGAGGCGGUAUGCAGAUCUUUGUCAAGACCUUGACUGGCAAGACAAUCACUCUUGAGGUUGAAAGCUCCGAUACCAUCGAUAAUGUCAAAGCCAAGAUCCAAGACAAGGAGGGUAUCCCACCUGACCAGCAGAGGCUCAUCUUUGCCGGCAAGCAGCUCGAGGAUGGCCGCACUUUGGCGGACUACAAUAUCCAGAAGGAGUCUACACUCCACCUUGUGCUCCGUCUCCGAGGUGGUAUGCAGAUCUUCGUCAAGACUUUGACUGGCAAAACAAUCACUCUUGAAGUUGAGAGCUCCGAUACCAUUGAUAAUGUCAAGGCCAAGAUCCAAGACAAGGAGGGUAUCCCACCUGACCAGCAGAGGCUCAUCUUUGCUGGCAAGCAGCUCGAGGAUGGCCGCACUCUGGCGGACUACAAUAUCCAGAAGGAGUCAACUUUGCACUUGGUGCUCCGUCUGAGAGGUGGUAUGCAGAUAUUUGUGAAGACCCUAACUGGGAAAACAAUUACUUUGGAAGUCGAGAGCUCUGACACCAUAGAUAAUGUGAAAGCGAAAAUUCAAGAUAAGGAGGGCAUUCCACCAGAUCAGCAGAGGCUGAUCUUUGCUGGGAAGCAAUUGGAAGAUGGUCGAACGUUGGCGGACUAUAACAUUCAGAAGGAAUCGACCCUUCACUUGGUGCUUCGUCUGCGUGGUGGGAUGCAGAUUUUUGUGAAGACCUUGACUGGAAAAACCAUCACCUUGGAGGUGGAGAGUUCGGAUACCAUUGAUAAUGUUAAGGCCAAAAUUCAGGACAAGGAGGGGAUUCCACCAGACCAGCAAAGGUUGAUUUUUGCUGGGAAGCAGCUCGAGGAUGGAAGGACUCUGGCUGACUACAACAUACAGAAGGAGUCCACCCUGCACUUGGUCCUCCGUCUCCGUGGUGGUUUCUAGGGUCUGAUGAUGGUGAUGAUGUUCUUCGUCUUGGGUCGUGUUCUUUGUGUGGUUCUUUGUUGUCUUGUUUUAUGCCAUUGCUAAAUGGUGUUUUAAAACUGUUUCUUUAGUUUAAGUGGCCAAUGGCCUUCUGUCUGUGUUGGUGUGUCUGCAGUCUAUUCUCUUAAUGAAAUAAAUGCUAAUGAAAUAAAUGUUCUCGAA